AUGAGCCACCCGCCAGAGACACAGCCAGCGCCAGCAUCGAUGUCGGCGCUGCUGCUGCUAGUCAGCAUCAUGUUGCAUGUUAUUGGGCCCAUCGAGGCGCUGCACCUAUCGAGCCUCUCCGUCCCGCCCAUUAUCGAUGUCGCACAAAAGGCCAAACUGUUUUGCAGCUAUGAGAUGGGCAAUCGGACGCUCAACUCGGUCAAAUGGUAUAAGGAUGGCCAUGAGUUUUUCAGAUACUCGCCGCUAACGCCGCCGACAACAAAUUGGUUUCCCGUCAAAGGUGUCACCAUUGCCGACGGCUCGUCGCAUUGCAAUCAAUUCAUCUGCAACGUGGAACUGGAGAAGCUGAAUAUCUAUUCGUCCGGACAAUACCGCUGCGAGGUGUCCGGCGAUGCGCCCGAGUUCGAGCUGAUCGAUAAAGCGGCCAAUAUGACCGUUGGCGUGCUGCCUAAAUUUGAUCCGCUGAUCUCAGGCAUAAGACGGACGUACAAAUAUCGCGAUACGCUGCUGGCCAACUGCAGCUCCGAGUGGUCGAGUCCUGCGGCGCGGCUUACAUGGUAUAUCAACAACAAAACUGCACCACAGAUGCAGCUGCAGCCGCAAAUCAAUGAAGUCAUACACAACACCGAGGGCUUUCCGCUCUAUGCGAGCAAACUGCAACUGCGACUGCAUAUCGACGACCAGCGCUUCAUUGGCAAGAGCGAAAUGCUGGAGCUGCGCUGCGUGUCGGAUAUACUGGGCGUGGCCAGCCUGCGGCGUGAGAGCUGGCUGCGCACCACCAUAAUGGCGCUGAGGGACAGCGGCGUCAAUCAGCGGCGAACUGAGAAUGGCACCUGUGCCAGCGCCCGAGCAGCCACAUUUGCCUGGCUGUUGUGCCUGGCGUCCCUGCUGCGCUGGCACUGCACUCUGAGUUAG